AUGAAGAUUCAGUGCAGUGUGUGUGAAGCUUCGGAGGCGAAGGUUUUGUGUUGCGCCGACGACGCGGCGCUGUGUUGGGAAUGUGACGAGAAGGUCCAUGCCGCUAACAAGCUUGCCGGCAAGCACGAGAGAGUACCUCUUUCUUCCUCUGCCUCUCACAUGCCCAAAUGUGAUAUUUGUCAGGAAUCCUUUGGCUAUUUCUUCUGUCUAGAGGACAGGGCUUUAUUCUGCAGAAAAUGUGAUGUGGCAAUACACACAGCAAAUUCCUAUGUCUCGGCUCAUCAGAGGUUUCUGCUGGCUGGUAUAAGAGUUGGACUUGAAGCUACUGAGCCUGGUGCUUCCUCGUCUUCUGCCAAGUCACAGUCUGAGGAGAAGAUGUCAGGUACAAAAUCCUCUUCUGCCUGUAGAAGGGUUUCCUCAGUACCUGAGUCAUCUGAACACAACGAAGUUGUACCUUGCCAAGGGGGAGGAGAUGGGCAGUUUCCACCUUCUAAGGUGUCUUAUGGUGGUGGCUCAACUCCUGGAAACAUAUCAAAUUGGUCCAUGGAUGAAUUUUUUGGUUUAAAUGAAUUCAGUCAGAAUUACAAUUGCAUGAACAAUGAACCAUCCAAGGCUGGCAGUGGUAAGCCUGGGGAUUCUGAUUCUCCUGGUUUUAAAUCUGGCGAAGAGGAAAUGGACGAGGACGACGACGAUAAUGACUGUUUGGGGCGAUUUUCGGAUUCAUCUUGGAUUGUUCCUCAGAUUCCUUCCCCUCCUACAGCUUCAGGAUUAUAUUGGCCUAAAGAUACUCAAUAUACACCUGAUAAUGCUAUGUUAGAUCAUGUUCCAGACUUGUGUUUUUCUGACUCACAACAAUUCAUUGGAGCUCAGAAUCGUCGUAUUUUAUCAAGGCGACGGAGGCAACCAUAA